GUAUUUGACCGGCUGCCGUAGCUAUUGGUCAUUGGAAGGAACAAACAAUGGUGAGCAAACUGAUACUGGUGGCCUUGCUGGCGACCGUUGUGGUCGGCCUGCCAGCUAAGCAGAAUAAAGUGGACGUGUUGAAAAGCCCACUGGUUAACAAAAUGAUGCAAGUUUUCGGCAAACCACAAGUUCCGGAAGGAUACAAGUCCAUCAAUCCACGCACCACGCAACACUUCUUCCGCACUCGAGUGGAUCACUUCAACCCACAGAACCGGGACACCUUCGAAAUGUACUAUCUAUCCAACGACGAAUUCUACCGUCCAGGUGGUCCAAUCUUCAUCAUCGUCGGAGGAGCAUGGAUGUUGGAACCUUACUUCAUUGAACACUCGUUCCUGCGAGAGAUCGCUGCCUACGAAAAUGGUUGGCUGUUCACCAACGAGCAUCGCUACUUCGGAGACAGCGUUCCUACCGAAGAUUUGAGCAGCGAAAACCUUCAAUACCUCACAACUGAACAGGCGCUCGUAGAUAUGGCUGAAUGGAUUCACCAUCUGCGUACCAACGUAUUGCGCAACCCAAGUGCUAAGGUCGUGUUGUUCGGAAUCGGUCAUGCCGGAGCACUGGCCACAUGGAUGCGUCAGAGGUACCCUCAUCUGGUUCGAGGAGCUUGGGCUUCCAGUGGUCAGCUCGAAGCUCGUCUCAACUUCAAAGAAUACGCCGUCGAAGUCGGACAGCUGGUUCGUGACUUUGGAAAUGACGAUUGCUACAGCCAGUUGUGGCGUGGAUUCCGCACUGCCGAAAAUCUUAUGGAUGCUGGUUUCACGGAAGUUGUUACCAACAUGUUUAGAACUUGCGAACCCGUCGAUGGUGACGACGCCUUGGAAGUUGAAUCUUUCUUCUGGAACCUGAAAGAGUCCAUCCAAACGAUUAUGCUCGUUGAACAAAAUAGUCAAUACACUGGCUUCAACAGCACCUGUGCUUGGUUGGAACGCAAUGAUGCUUCUACGGAUCUUCAAGAUUUGGCCGAUUGGAUGGAGUAUUUCUACUCGUUCUACGAGUGUAUGCCGUUCGACUUCGAAGCUAGCACUGAGUUCGCCAGAGACAUUGAUCGGGAUGAUAUCACCAACUACUAUCUGGGCAUCCGUCAACGUUCCUAUCAACUGUGCACGGAAUUCGGCUGGUUCCUGACGGCCGAUGCGGAUGAGCAACCCUUCGGACAAACCGUUAGCCCGUACUACUUCCAUAACUUCUGCCGGGCUGUAUUCGGAGAUUGGAUGACCACCGAGGUCGUCAACGAUGGAGUCUUCCUGACCAACCUGCACUUUGGAGCCCAAAACCCGAGCGUGACCAAUGUUGUGUUCACCAACGGUGCCCUGGAUCCGGUGCGAGAUGUUUCCAUCACCGAGUACUACGCGACUAAUUCUGGUGCCAUCGUGAUUGACGGUGAGUUCGGAGGUUCGGACGUUUUGCCGGUGACCGGUUUCGAUAGUACCGAGGUGCUGGAAGCCAAAAAUCGGGUACAUCAGUUCAUCAGGAGCUGGAUUCAGGAGGGAAUCAUCCCGAUUGAAGGUUAAGUUGUGUGAUUUUCUUUAAACACUGAAUAAAUUAUUAAUUGAGGAA